AUGGCGUUAGCGUUCGAUGAAUUCGGAAGACCCUUCGUAAUUAUAAAAGAACAAGACCAGAAGGUUCGAUUGAGAGGUCUCGAUGCGCAGAAAGCCAACAUUGCUGCUGGUAUGGCCGUCUCUCGUAUCCUUCGAACCUCUCUAGGUCCCAAAGGCAUGGACAAGAUGCUCCAGAGCCCCGACGGCGACGUCACCAUCACAAAUGAUGGUGCUACGAUAUUGGAGCAAAUGGACGUGGACAAUCAGAUUGCGAAACUGUUGGUUGAGCUUUCGCGGAGUCAGGAUUAUGAAAUCGGUGAUGGGACUACUGGUGUUGUUGUUUUGGCUGGUGCUCUUUUAGAGCAGGCUCAGAAGCAGUUGGAGCGCGGGAUUCAUCCCAUUCGCGUUGCGGAGGGUUAUGAGACAGCUUCGAGAAUUGCUGUUGAACAUUUGGAGAAGAUAGCUCAGAAGUUUGAUUUUGGAGUUAAUAAUAUUGAGCCCUUGGUUCAAACUUGCAUGACUACUUUAUCCUCCAAGAUUGUGAAUCGGUGCAAGCGCAGUUUAGCAGAGAUUGCGGUUAAAGCAGUUCUUGCUGUUGCAGAUUUAGAGAGGAAAGAUGUUAAUUUAGAUUUGAUAAAGGUUGAUGGGAAAGUAGGAGGCAAGUUGGAAGAUACUGAACUAAUAUAUGGGAUAGUUGUUGACAAGGAAAUGAGUCAUCCACAGAUGCCGAAGCAAAUUGAAGAUGCAAAAAUUGCUAUCUUGACAUGUCCCUUUGAACCACCUAAGCCAAAGACUAAACAUAAGGUGGACAUUGAUACAGUUGAAAAGUUUCAAACUUUGCGUAAGCAAGAGCAGCAGUACUUUGAUGACAUGGUUCAGAAAUGCAAGGAUGUUGGUGCAACCUUGGUUAUCUGCCAAUGGGGUUUUGAUGAUGAGGCAAAUCAUUUAUUAAUGCACAGGAACUUGCCUGCAGUUCGGUGGGUUGGUGGUGUAGAGUUAGAGCUGAUAGCAAUAGCAACAGGUGGAAGAAUAGUACCAAGGUUCCAGGAGUUGACGUCAGAAAAGCUAGGAAAGGCUGGUUUGGUUCGAGAAAAGGGUUUUGGCACAACAAAAGAUAAAAUGCUGUAUGUUGAACACUGUGCAAAUUCAAGGGCUGUAACCAUAUUUAUUCGUGGAGGUAACAAAAUGAUGAUUGAGGAAACAAAGCGUAGCAUCCAUGAUGCAUUGUGUGUGGCUAGGAAUCUCAUUCGCAACAAUUCUAUUGUAUAUGGUGGUGGCUCAUCUGAGAUUUCCUGCUCAAUCUCUGUGGAGGCCGCUGCUGAUAGAUAUCCAGGAGUUGAGCAGUAUGCCAUAAGGGCGUUUGCAGAUGCUUUAGAUUCCGUCCCCAUGGCACUUGCAGAAAAUAGUGGCCUCCAGCCCAUUGAGACAUUAUCUGCCGUCAAAUCUCAGCAAAUUAAGGAGAACAAUCCGUACUGUGGAAUAGAUUGCAAUGAUGCUGGUACAAAUGAUAUGCGUGAUCAAAAUGUCUUUGAGACUCUUAUUGGAAAGCAGCAGCAGAUUUUGCUUGCAACACAAGUUGUCAAAAUGAUACUAAAAAUCGAUGAUGUCAUCUCCCCUUCCGAGUACUGA